AUGAUGGAGAUCACCUUCAGGAUGUACGACACCACGCGCUACGACGGCAUGAACCAAGAGACGUCGUUGCUAAUCGCCGUCGUCCUGUACAUCAUUGUCACGGUCGUCUUCUUCUCGAACCUGUUGAUCGCCCAGCUGAACUGCGCGUACCAGUCCACCUACCAGGACAUGGUGGGCUACGCGCGCCUGAACCGUGGCAAAGUGGUCACGGAGGCCAUGACCUUUGCGUCGGACCAGCGGUGGCAGAAGUUCUUGGCGUCCCUGCGGCUGGAAGAGCGCUGCGAGUUCGGCGAGGGCGACAUCGGGCUCGCGGGCGGCAUCCAGGUGUUCGAGCCCGCCAACGCGAACAUCACCACGGUGGACAUGAUCCGCCGCUUCGGGGGAUCCACGUCCCCGCUCGCGCAGUGGCCGGAGGAUGACGUGCUCGGCGAGGACGAGGACGACCGCAUGGAGCGCAUGGAGAAGCUCAUCGACAAGGCGAUGAAGCGCAUGACGAGCAGCCGCGGUGGCAAGAAGAAGAACGGGGGUAGCUCCGGCCAGAACAGCAGCUCCAUGGGCCAGACUGUGUCCAGCGAGUCGGACCAUGAGGUCAGCGACUCCCACGACUGA